AUGAACCUGAUGCGCAAAUUGCGUGGGGCUUCCGCCUCGACGUCCGCGGAGCCUGCGGAGUCCUCAGGCUCGUCUUCGCACAUUCAACUUGGUCUGAUGCACCUCAAAAAGCUGUUUGCAGAAUACACUCAUCCUCCACAGCCUCUUACAGAUGCAGAAAAAGAUGACAAACUGUAUAACAUGCUACCUCUUUUUUGUAAGGUCUUUGGCACAAGUCCAUCUAGUGAAAUGAAUGAAAAAUUUUGGGACAUAUUAUCAUUUUGUCAACAAGUUUCAAAAUUGAUGGUAUCUGAAAUAAGGAAGAGAGCCAGUAAUCAAAGCACUGAGGCUGCUAGUUGUGCUAUAGCUAAAUUUCUAGAAAUUGAAAACUCGGAAGAAUCCAGCAAUGGAUGGAUGUUACUAUCAACAUUAAAUCUAUUGGCUGCUGGAGAUCAGUCACUUAUACAGGUCAUGACAACUGCAGCUAUACCAUCAACACUAGUCAAAUGUUUGUACCUUUUCUUUGAUCUGCCGGAAAUACCUGAAUCGGAAGCUGAUAUUCAAGAUGAUAAUAGUGAAUUUACACCACGAGAGAGAAGAAUACUCUUACAGAAGAUAUUUGUCCAAGUUCUAGUCAGACUUUGCAGUCAUCCAUUCCCUUGUGAGGAGUUAGCGAGGAAGGAUGACUUGAGUUUACUUUUCUCAGCUAUAACAUCAUGGUGUGCUCCAUACAACAUCAUGUGGAGGAAGUCGGCAGCUGAGGUCUUAAUGACACUGUCUCGACAUGGUUUAACACAAUCUGUUGUUCAGUACAUUCAUAACAAGGGUUGCGUUGGACUAUGUAUUGAUAAUAUGCAAAGGAUUCCUGAACUAACCCCAUUAGAAGUGGUUGAAAUGUUUGUGGCUGUGUUUUGUUUUUUAAAAGACUCAAGUGAAGUUAGUCAAUUAUUGUUGGAUGAUUUCCGAUCAUGCCAGGGAUAUUUAUUCCUAUCUGAGUUUCUUCUCAAACAUGAGAGGCAAGAGGUACCUGAUUAUCUGACCUCAGGGUUAGAAGAAGAGCGUGUGAGCGGCACAGAGGCUCGUGCUGCUUUAAGGAACCUGGUGCUGAUGAUAUCUUCCUUAUGCUCGUGCGGCUUCACCGAGCUGCGUCCCACUCGAGCUAAUACUGAGUUGUUCCAGCUGCAAGGAUUCGUGUUACCGCAGCCGACUACACCUGGACAAGCUGUCAGGAAUGUGCAGGCCUUCCAGGUCCUACAAUCCGUAUUCAUGAAAUCUAAUUCCCCGGCUCUCUGCUGUACCAUUCUUGAUGCGAUUUCAAGCGUGUAUCACGCGGAUAACGCUAAUUACUUCAUCCUGGAGAACCAGAACACACUCAGUCAAUUUUCGGAGAGAAUUUACACGAAGAACGCCGAAAUCCAAGAGAAGUUCUUUGAAUUACUGGAGUUUAUUGUGUUCCAGUUAAAUUUUGUUCCUUGCAAGGAAUUGAUAUCGCUAUCUCUGCUGUUGAAAGCUAAUAGAUCGAGAAGCUGCAGCAUUUUAUGCAUCAAGACGCUACUGAACGUAUUAAAGCAUAACGUUAUUUUCAAAGACGUGUAUCGGGAAGUCGGUAUGCUGGAAGUAUUCGUGACUUGCCUGUCGAGGUAUGCAGCUUUUCUGAAGGACAAACAGAUUUUAGAAGAGGAAAAGUCUAAAGGGGAAGGCGAAAAUAGUUCUAAUGGAUCUCCAAAAGCUCCUGAGAGAAAAAAAAGGCAAUCGAGACAGGAUUCAUUGAUAAAGGAUCCGAAUACUGAUGAUGAGGAGGAAGAAGCUGGCUCACUAGUGAUGGAAGGACUGACGGCUCUAUUAAACGGAAACGUGAACAACUGUAAUGUGUUCAGAGACUGCGGCGGCGCUAAGUGCGUGCAUGGAAUGGUUGUGUAUGAAUCGUGUAGGAAUAAAGCGUUAGGCGUUAUAAGAGAAUUAAUAGUGAGCGGCUCCGGUGAAGAAGACAUGGCGGCACUAUUGUGUGGUAUGCACGCGGCUCCAAACGACGCUUUGAGGUUGAAAUUACAUAUACUUAAAGCUCUGCUCGUUUGUCUGAGAGACUCACAUCGCACGAGGACCAUAUUCAGAAAGGUUUCCGGAUUCGUGUAUGUGACGAGUGUGUUAGUGUCGCUCGAGGGUAAGCUAGGAGGGGAAUUAAUGGACCGCGAUAUGCUACAGCUGUUACACAUAGUGUUCUACACCAUCAGCAUCGCCAUGAGAUUUGAACCGGCUAAUGCUAAAUUUUUCCAUCACGAGAUAUGCAAUAGCACAUUGUACGAGACCAUACGUUUGCUGGGUUGCUUUACAGAAGAUAAGGAAUUAUUACACGACACGGAACAAGGCGACCCGGAGUUAUAUGAAGUGUUUCAUGAGAUCUUCACCGGAAACAUACUAGAGAUGACGUUUCCUGAGAAUGUGCCAGUGGUGUUUAUUCACGCUUGUAUCGUCUUAAGACUGCUGUAUGACGUGGCGUUGGAUUCGUUCGACAAGCCUUCCUUCUGUGGUUCAUUGAACGUCAAGUCUCCGAGCCUAACAAGACAGAGCUCAGCUGUUAAUGAGGUGAAGCCGCCAGGUCGCACGGCUCCUCUAAACCUGUCGGGUGGCAGCCCUGGCGAGGCGUGGGUGGUUCACGCCGGCGUGGUGAUAACCCUGGCCCGUCUGCUGCCAGCCCUGCCCAGACCGACACAACACGAGGCACACGCACGAGCGGUCAGGGACUACUUGGCACACGUACUCAAGAGUCUUGUUAGAAGUGAACGUAACCAGCAAGUGAUGUGCGGCGCAGGCCUAGCGGGCGCGGUACUCCGUGUUUGCGGCGCGGCCCUACGUCACGAAAAACACGCACUACACGCGCCCGCCAUGUACGUGUUAGAGAGACUCGCGGCUCAUCACAUGAGACCUACUGAACUUAGGGAAUUUUUGCGUAUGGGAAAUCCUUUGAAUUGUCUGGCGCCCGAACCGGGGCAGGCUUGGCAGCCUGGAGGACCUGUUCCACUCACGAGAAUCAAAACAUUGGUUUCAAUGACCACACCGAGGGACUAUAGGUCCCAAAAUUCCUGCACACUACCUCCAUUCGUUGAGUUCGAUAUGUCUGCUGAAGGAUUUGGUUGUCUGUACUUACCGAGCAUCGCUCCACAGUCCGCUAAUUUGAAUGCUCUCGGCACUCAAGAUACGGCUACACUUGGUGGAAUCGGCUCAGGCGACAGAGUGUUUCCACCGCAGACAGGACUAACUUAUUCCACCUGGAUAUGCGUGGAGAAGUACUCCGACCCUCGAACUGAUCCACACUGCGUCAGACUGUUGACGUUAGUGAGGAACAUCAACAACACUAGGGACGAACACCUGGUUUGCCUCACCGUAGUUCUGUCUGCGAGAGACAAAGCCAUCAUUGUGUCUACACAGGAAACACUAGUACCACACAAUGUAGGUGAAUGGGAGCCCGAGGGUACCGGUGAGUGCGGGGCCCGCGUGUGGUGUCCCGACCUGCAGCACGAGGGACAGUGGCAUCACCUGGCCUUGUUGUUCAACCGAGCUGUACUCAAGAACUCAUCUUUCUCUUUGUAUCUUGAUGGUCAGCACAUGCACAGUGGUAAAUUGCACUAUGUGAGCGCGAACCCCGGCGGGGGCGCAGCCACCUUGUCGGGAGCUUCCAGUGUGUAUUGUGUAGUCGGGACUCCGCCCCAGUGGAGACGAUACUCAAGACUCGUGUGGAGACAAGGACCUGCGUUACUCAUGGAAGAUGUGCUUCCUGCCCAAACGAUCUCAGUAAUAUAUCAACUGGGUCCGCACUACGUCGGUACUCUACAAGCGCCACUACUACCGGGCCAACACCAGGAUCCCUUGACGCCACUGAUAGCUGAAGAGAAGGUGGUGUUCGGAAUAAACGCUCGAGCGAUGUCGCAAUUAACUCUCGCCAAGAUAAGGAAAGUCUACAGCAAGAACGACAACAAAGCUAUAGCGAAGCAGCUCGGAAUGUCUUCGCACGAGAACGCGACUCCUAUACGUAUCUUGCACAACUCCGCGGGACACUUAAUGGGCCCAGCCAGAUGUUUGGGAGGAACCGUCGUUGGAUAUCUCGGUGUGAGAGUGUUCUGCCCAAAACCAGCAGCUAUUAUGAUCGAUACAGUCGGCGGGUGUUCAGUGUUGCUGGGUCUGAUAGCGAUGGCUCAAGAUGUGGAGUGUUUGUACGCGGGCGUCAAGGCGCUCGUGUGUGUGGUUCGAUGUAACAAAGCGGCGCAAGCUGAGAUGGACCGACGGAAAGGAUAUCAGACAUUGGCAAUGCUAUUGAAGAGGAAAAAACAACUUCUAAAUUCUCACAUACUUCACCUUAUAUUCGGUCUCGUCGGAACAGUUGACAGCCAAAAAGAAACUUCUUCAAUACCUAAUUUGACUGCAUUUCAAGAUUUAAUUUGCGAGUUGGAAGUAUGGUUGGGCGCGCCGGGUGGUUUGAUAAAGUCACUUCUAGAACAUCUAUUGGAGCUGGCAACAGAGACAGCACAUAGAACGCACAAUCUACGCACAAUGCGAGAGCUACAACUUGUACCUAAAUUAUUGUACAUCGUUAAUGACGUGAAAGUCCCGAGCACAAAGAAUGUAUUAAUUAAUUUGCUAGCUGCCUUAUUAGGUGGUCAGCCGCGGCCGAGUGAUUUGCUAUGUCUUGGUCAGUUUAUGGCGUUUACAUUGCCGUUACCGUCGCAAUCAGAACAGGGCGUGACAAUCAAGGAUGGUGAUUUUGAUAAGGAAGGCGAAGGAGAUCAGAUCAUAUUAAGGAAUAAAUGUCUAAGCGUACUACACAACUUGCUGUUUACUACAAGAAAUCUGGUGAAUACUAUCGUCUGUGAGGAAAUAUCUAGAGUUCUAGGUAUGGAUUGGUUGUUGUGCUUCAUGCAAGAGAACGUUCAUCCUAGCAGCGUGCUAUGGGCCUUGAGAAUAUUGGUGAUACUCUGUUCGGGACAAGGACAACAAUCGGCAAUCAUGCAGAGAUUCCGUGAAGGCGCCGGUAAUGGCGGCUGGCUUCGCAACACGGAGCUGGUUGCGUCUCAGCAGGCCGGUGUAGUGAUCACCACCGCUGUACACUCACACUCACAUCUACACUCACAACUACUCUACACUUCGGGCUUCACGCUGCUAGCUUGGUUAUGCCUCUCCCACCUCCAAAUCCCGGAGCUAUAUUACUUAGUGUUCGGUUUAACCCUGGGCCAGCCGGUGCGGUACAUAGGUCCCGAUCGCUUAGUUUCCGUGGAGCGUGUAUGGGCAGCGGCGUGGGGGGCCGCGGCUCCUUCCCGGCAGUCCUCAGCGGCGGUGGCCGCUCGCAUCACACUCUGCCCUGAAGCGGUUGUCAUAUUACUAGCAGCUGUAAGGGCGCUUAUACACGCUGAACCUGGUACAAUUCCCGAAUGGCUUAACGAUCACCCUGUAGCUAUCAUUCAAGUUCUCUUUUCGCUAUACAACACACUGCCAGACUUCGUGACGUUGAUGAUGGGUGCUGAUGUAUUAACAGCACUAGCCGCGACUCUCUUCCCUCCCAAGACUUCAGACGACAUACAUCUACCGACGUGCGAAAGCGGCGACAGUUCAGGCGCUUCGACCCCCGGCUCCGAGGAGGUUGUAGUUGUAGCCGGCUCCCUCACAACACAUCCGGCGCGACAAGCAGUCAUGGACUUCCUGAGAGUGAUCAUACUAGACUCACUACCACUCAACGUAUCGGCUAAGACCUCACCGCCGUCAGUAUCGGAUGCAGUGACACCGUCAAUGUUUUGUACGCCAACUAGCCCCUGUUCGAGAUCAUACUUUUAUUGCGUCAUCGACUUGGUUCUAGACGCUUCACCUCCAAAUUCUACAACUAACCAGCAAAUAGAAUAUCAAACAGAAGUUUUAACGACGAUAAUGGAAAAUUUACUUAACACUGAACUAUUCGGUACCGAGUCAAAUAUAUCCAACGUCUGCUAUUUGGCCGCUAGACUUGUUGACAAACUGUGGCAAGGACAGCUGUCUAAAGAUCCUCACGAGGUGUUCGAUUUCUUAGUGAAGCUAGUGACACAGGCCAAGAAGAAAUCUUCUGUAAUAUCUCUAGAAGGGCUGCAUCAUUGUCUAAACAGGACCAUACUAUUCCUACUAUCACGAUCCACUGAAUCUAUAGCUGAUCAAAUGUCAGUGUUGGAGGCGUUACACAAACUUACCACAAACAGGUUAUUAAUAUUCGGCGCGGGUAACCACGAAUUGGAGUUCAUCGGGUGCCUCACGUACUGCCUGCUGCAGCUCAGCGCUAACAUGAAGAUAGCGCUCGACUCACACAUGAGGACUACCUGGCACGUCAACCCUAGCGGAGACUUGGAGGCUAGGGAUGAUAAACUGACCGCGCAUCAAGGCCGUAACCUGAUGGCGGGUGCUGCCCGUCGCGUGUGGGAGGAACUGUACGCGUGUAAGAAACCCGCCAUCGAAGAAGUGUUCAAGGUGACGCUACAGCCGCCCGCGGGGAACGCACGCGCGCCCGACCUGGCAGCCGCUAGGGACCACCUAUCAGAAGCCGCGCACAGGCUGUGGGCUAACUAUAUACACGCUGAACGAAAGGCGAUAUAUCGCGUCCCGUGGGAGUUACAUAACCAGAUACAGUCUAAGAUCCAGAAGGUGACGGGCGGCCUCACGCGGCUCGCGUCACGGACUAAAGUGAAGAAGGAGGACUCCGCCAAACAACGACCACACCCGCCGCGGGAACACGCGCUGGCGUACAUGCAGGACCAUGUACAGCUAGUGAGACAAGCGUGGGGCGUUCAGUUGACAGCGGCUGGGAAUACAUCCGCGCAUACUACACGAUACGUUCAAGCGGAGUGGAGCAUCGCUUGGAGGGAACUGACUCGCGAGCGGGGACUGUGGGGCCCCCCCAAACCCGCCCCCUUAGACAAGUGGGCCCUACACUGUACAGAGGGCCCCUGCCGUAUGAGGAAACAAUUAAGACGGAACCACGCCUUCUAUACUCACUAUCCAUACAGACCAGACCUCGAUAAACCAGAUAAUAAACAAUUGAAGUACAAAGUAGCUCAAAGCCGUGACAGCAAGGAAUACUAUAGAGUGUAUCAACAGUGGCGCACCUCGAGCAACCUGGCGGAGGCUGAGGUUAUUGAAUCGACGGAGCUACAGUCGUUUGAAGAAGAAAUACCCAGCAAAGACGUGUCUAUUGAUGUAACGAACGAGGAAGGAUCUCCCUCGGAUCUAGUUAGCAGUGGAGUUGUUAGUAGAGGAACAAACCUCUCCGCAGAAGCGAACGAGGAUCCGGACGUAGAAGACGAUGAUGAACAACAAUCACCACCGCCAGACAACCAGACCUUGCUGCGAUUACUAGAACAUCAUGAAAAGAUAUCCCACAUGUUCCGCUGCGCCCGUAUCCAAGGCCUGGACACAACAGAGGGUCUCCUGUUGUUCGGUCGUGAACAUUGUUACGUCAUCGACGGCUUCACGUUACUCAAGAACAGAGAGAUACGCGACCUAGACAGCUGUCCCGACGAUUAUGAGCCGAUCCUGCCCAGCCAAGGAAUACAGAGGAGCAACCAGAGACAAUGCUCCAAAUUUCUAUAUGAAGAUAUUAGAGAGGUUCAUAAAAGGAGAUAUUUGUUACAACCCAUAGCUCUGGAGGUGUUUUCUAGUGACGGAAGAAAUUACUUACUAGCUUUUCCAAGAAAAGUCAGGAAUAAGGUGUACAGUCGCUUCACGUCAUUAGCGACGGGUAUGUCAGAUAGUGCGGCGGGCUCCGUUGCGGGACAGAAGAGAGGCGUCGCUGUUGAACAACCGGGCGGGCUGCUGGCAUCACUUAUAGGAGACACCUCCGUCACACAACGAUGGCUGAGAGGUGAAAUAUCAAAUUUCCAAUACCUGAUGCAUCUCAAUACACUCGCCGGUCGCUCGUACAACGACCUCAUGCAGUACCCAGUAUUUCCCUGGAUCCUAGCUGAUUAUGAUUCCCUGGAACUGGAUCUCACACACCCCGCUACCUUCCGAGACUUGACUAAACCUAUGGGAGCACAAAGCCCGGACAGAUUGGAACAGUUUAGGAAGAGAUAUAAGGAGUGGGACGACCCUCACGGUGAAACACCUCCCUAUCACUACGGAACACAUUAUUCAUCAGCCAUGAUCGUGUGCUCCUACCUCGUGAGAAUGGAACCAUUUACACAACAUUUUCUGCGACUACAAGGAGGACAUUUCGAUUUAGCUGACAGAAUGUUCCAUUCGAUCAAAGAAGCUUGGAACUCAGCUUCUCGACACAACAUGGCCGACGUUAAGGAACUUAUACCUGAGUUCUUUUACCUGCCUGAAUUUUUGGUCAAUUCAAACAACUUCGAUUUAGGUUCAAAGCAGUCAGGGGUGUCUCUGGGUGAUGUAGUACUUCCUCCGUGGGCUAAGGGUGAUCCGCGUGAGUUCAUUCGCCUUCACCGAGCAGCCCUGGAAUCAGAUUACGUGUCUCAUAGAUUGCAUCAUUGGAUAGACCUUGUUUUUGGUUACAAACAACAAGGUUCAUCUGCUGUUGAAGCGUGUAAUGUCUUCCACCACUUAUUCUAUGAAGGAAACGUAGAUAUAUACAACAUUGACGAUCCGUUGAAGAAGAACGCGACUAUUGGCUUCAUAAACAACUUCGGUCAGAUUCCAAAGCAGCUGUUCAAGAAAGCACAUCCGAGCAAGAAAAUGUCUCAAAGAAGCUCCACCAUUUUAGAUCCAAAUAAUAUUAUACCGUCCCAGGGAAUAACUCCGCCGGAGAAAUUAUUCUUUCAUAAUCUUGAGAAUUUGAGGCCGUCAUUGCAACCUGUUAAAGAAGUCAAAGGUCCCGUCGGCCAGAUCCUAUACACUGAUAAAGCUAUAUUGGCCGUCGAACAAAAUAAAGUAUUAAUGCCUCCCUCAUACAACAAGUACGUGGCCUGGGGUUUUGCGGAUCAUUCGCUGAGAAUAGGAAAUUACGACAACGAUAAGACGCUCUUCGUUUGUGAGUCUGUUGCACAAGCCUGCGGGGAGAUAGUGGCCUGUGUGUGUUUGUCAGAAAAAAAUAUUGUUACCGCUGGGACUAGUACCGUGGUGACCGUAUGGCAGUACUGGCCUCGCCGGCGUCGUUUAUCAGUAAAGACGUGUUUAUACGGGCAUGAAGAAGCAGUGACGUGUGUGGCCGCGAGCCCCGCGUACAACAUAGUAGUGAGCGGCUCAAGGGACGGACAACUGAUAGUGUGGGACGUGGAGAGAGGAGCCUUCGUGAGGCAGCUAGUACCCGCGCAACCCGCGCCCUGCCCGCCUGUGUCCGCGCUCGCUAUCGACGAUCUAACUGGUGAUAUAGCGACGUGCAGCGGUAGUUGGCUACAUGUAUGGUCUAUCAAUGGAGAGCCCCUAGGAUCUUCAGAGGCGGGCGGGGAGCGCGCCCCUCAAGUGCUGUGCGUCGCGUUCAGUCAGACGAGGGAGUGGGACCCCUUGAAUGUCAUCAUCACAGGCUCCACUGACGGAGUUGUUAGGAUGUGGUCCAUCGAUUACGUGGCCAAGACCGAAGAUGAAGCUAAGAGUAUUGAAGCUGACACUGAAGGUGAUAGUGCGGACCGAGCGUCUACUUCACUUGAAGUAGAACAGAAGACUAGCCAAAUGUCCCAAGGUAGUGAGGAAACGAGAUCAGACAGUGAAGUAAAAUCUGAAGAUAAAUCCGACGAUAUUGAACCGUGUGAACGAGAGGCGGCCAUUAAACGGGUUGAGGAGCUCGUCAAACAAAUGAGCUUGUCCAGAGAAAAUGAAGUUAAUUUAACAAAGUCGGGUUCAGAGAGUUCUCUAUCAGACGCUGGAGGUACAAGCGCUAAGGAAUCAGCGCGGAGAGAUGACGAAAAAGAUGUGUGUAGUGACAACGAAGACGGAAACUGUGAGAAGAAAGAAAACGAAGAAAUUACAGAAGAUUACAACAACGAGAAGGAUUACGAAGACGAUAAGGACAAUCUGACUCACAGGAAUAAAUUACAGAAACAAGGAAACGUGGUGCUGAGACGGAAAUCAAAGGCGAACCCAUUAUAUCGGAAGAGUGGCGGUAGUAUCGGUGAUUCUAGUGAGACGAGUUCAGUAGAAGUCCCGCAAUCAGUGGACGUGCCAGAAAGCGGACUUCGGCCCAGUAAGUCUGACACGAGCCUAACGGAUUCAUUUGUAGUGCUGUCAGCGCCCUCCUCGCCAGCGCCCGCACUACGACCUGUUGUCAAAGAAACUACGUAUCCAGAGUGUGGUGUGACUUGGGUUCGUCGGCUCGUAUUGCGCGGUAAAUUAACUAUGCACACGGCGUACGAGCGGCGAGACAACGCCUGCCCCGCGUCUGUGACUGCUUUGGCCGCCGCGCGCACGGGAAGAGGACUGGCUGUGGGCGACGCCAGGGGGCGGAUAUUCCGUUGGUCAGCACCGGACAUGUCUAGCGCGGCGGGCGCUAAGGGCGGGCCCGCGGAUCACUGGAUAAGAGAUGACACCGCGCCCUUCUGUACUCAGUGUCAGGUUCGCUUCACAGCGUUAGAGCGUCGUCAUCAUUGUCGCGAGUGUGGCGCCGUGUUCUGCGGUCGUUGUUCACGCUAUGAGGCUCCUGUUAGACGUUUACGAGCGCUAAGACCAGUAAGAGUGUGCCAGAGAUGUCACGACAACAUACACGCUACGAACGAAUAA